AUGACAACCGAAGACAACAUCAACUAUGACAAUUACGUUUUUUAUAAAAAGUUUAAGCGUAUUCAACUAUCUCAAAGUAUGGUGGUACCGAAGCUGGAACUGUACUGGAUUGCAACGAUUGAACCACCGCAAUCUGCGAGUAUUGUAAAGUUAACAAAGAGUCGAUUUGACUAUACAGCAGAUAAGAUCAAGCAUUUGAAAAGGUUUAGAAAGAAAAUUGAUAAGAAGGGGAAAGUUUUACUUGACGUGGUCAUAUGCCCUGAAGAUGAUAUAGAAGAGAAUCAACUACGAGAGAUUCUAAAACGAUGUCUUAGAGCAGAUGAUACAAUAGUAUACAAAAUUGGAAUUCCCGUCAACAAGCCAUAUGGCAAGGAAUUGAACCUCGAAUGGUCCCAAAAGUAUUGGCCUUUGGUUUGGAAGGGCAAUCCAAUGCUACAAGAACUUGACGAAAGUUUCAAGGAGUUUGAUGAAGAUACGGUGAUGAAGUAUUUGAAGCAGAUAGUUGAACUGUCAAAUGGUCACACGGACAAGCAAGUUCCAGUUGUGACAAUUUUCGUUGAUCACCUAACCGAUCAAGUAAUGUCGCUAAAGAUGGAUGAAAGAUCUGAACAAGAUCCCAUGAAACAUACAAUUCUCAGCUGUAUAAACGAGAUAGCAUGUAAGGAGCAGUCAAGAAGAGAGCAGAAUGAAGAUACCGCGAUGACUAAUAAGUAUCUUUGUCUCAAUUAUGACGUUUAUACCACGCACGAACCCUGCACUAUGUGCUCCAUGGCUUUGCUUCACUCGAGAAUUCACCGACUUAUAUAUAUAAACACGUCUCCCGUGACAGGAGCCAUUGGUGAGCAGAGUGGUUGCAGGUACAUGAUUCAUCUCUCUUGUACUUUGAAUUGGAAAUUUGAAGCUUUCCAGUACAUUGGAGAUUCAUUAAGAGUCCUGCAGCUGGACCCUUCUAUUCACGUGUGA